AUGUCACCUUACGAAGCUCUCUAUGGCAGGAGGUGCAAGACUCCCUUGUGCUGGUACCAAGAUGGGGAGUCAGUGGUAGUGGGACCAGAGUUACUGAGGGUGAUUCGCUCUAGGAAGUUAUCUCCUAAGUUCAUUGGUCCCUAUCAAAUCCUGAGAAGGAUUGGACUAAUGGCUUAUGAAGUCACUUUACCUCCUCAAUUGGCCAACCUUCACCGAGUGUUUCACGUCUCGCAGCUUAGAAAGUAUGUGCUUGACCCCUCCCAUGUACUUGAGGCAGAAGAAUUGCAAAUUAGAGGGUAUCUGUCAGUAGAAGCUCAGCCAGUUGGUCUUGGUGAUAUCCAGAUAAGACAACUCAAAGGGAAGUCCAUCAACCUAGUUCAGGUCAUAUGGGAUAAGAGAACAGACGAUUCCACUUGA